GCUGGACACGUGAUCAUGAUCUGCGGGACUCCUCCUCUAACGCAGCCCGAGAAUAUCACUCUUCCUGCGGACGGAGCGGGCUUCUCUAAAAUGGCCAACAGAGAUGAUGAAUACGAUUUCUUGUUCAAAGUUGUUCUCAUCGGAGAUUCGGGUGUCGGGAAGAGUAACCUGCUGUCGCGCUUCACACGCAACGAGUUCAACCUGGAGAGCAAGAGCACGAUCGGUGUGGAGUUUGCCACCAGGAGCAUUCAGGUGGACGGCAAGACGAUAAAAGCUCAGAUCUGGGAUACGGCAGGACAGGAGCGGUACAGGGCCAUCACCUCUGCGUAUUACCGUGGAGCGGUGGGCGCGCUGCUGGUGUACGACAUCGCCAAGCAUCUGACCUACGAGAACGUGGAGCGCUGGCUGAAAGAGCUGCGAGAUCACGCCGACAACAACAUCGUCAUCAUGCUGGUGGGGAACAAGAGCGACCUGCGACACCUGAGGGCCGUUCCCACCGACGAGGCGAGAGCUUUCGCAGAGAAAAAUAACCUGUCAUUCAUCGAGACGUCCGCUCUGGACUCAACUAACGUGGAGGAGGCGUUCAAGAACAUUCUAACAGAAAUUUAUCGCAUUGUAUCACAGAAGCAAAUCGCUGAGCGAUCGGCCCACGACGAGUCGCCGGGAAACAACGUGGUGGACAUCAGCGUCCCGCCGACCACAGACGGGCAGAAGGGCAACAAACUGCAGUGCUGCCAAAACCUGUAACCAUGACGACCAGCCCCACCUGUCACUCAUCUCCCACUCCCUCUACACGUCGUGCCGCUAACGUUAUCAAUUUUAUCUGUGUAAUAUAUAUAUGUAUAUUUUUCUUUUUGAUAGCUUGUCCACGUGCAUACACACAUACGACUGACAUGAGUAAACUUUUACAGUAUCUGA